AUGGCUCGUCAUAACCAGGAAACAAACAAACUUUCCACUCAAAUUUUUAGAGACUCGUUGUGAUUAAUCUUUUGGUACAUUUGUACAACCUUCAACAUUUGAAAUGCCUUUACUUUGUGGUGGAACUACAGAGGCAAAAGAUGCCGAUGAAGAAGUGCAAAAAAUAUGCGAUGAGAUGAAGUCUCAUGCCGAGGAUAAAGCUGGGCGGACUUUUGACGUUUUCAUCGCCAAAUCAUAUAAAACGCAACUUGUUGCGGGGACAAAUUACUUCAUCAAGGUCAAUGUAGGUGGAGAUGAAUUCAUACAUAUUCGUGUUUAUAAAACCCUGCCCCACGCUGGAGAGAAACUACAGCUGACCAGCCUGCAGACAUCCAAGGCGCAUCACGAUGCCAUUGAAUACUUUCAAUAAGGCGAAUAUAUGUAGCCUUCUCCUGAUAAUAAAUGUUUAUACUGUUACAAACAGGAACCAUUCACACAUGUGGUUAUGAAUAAUAGACACGUGCAUUGGUUACUAGUGUGAGUCACUGCAAUAAAACUGACUGGAAGAAAUUUUUCCAAGAUCUCUGUGCAUUUAGUUUUUACUGUGUGCUUUAUAUAUAGUGAUACAGUUGUUGCUGAAAAAGCGGUUUUGCUGUAUUUAAUGAUUUUAUUGUCAAUGUAUACAGUAUUACAUAAAAUUCAAGAAUGAAAACA